UUGUCAAAAGUUCAGCAAAGUCAACGUUGUACGGUACUCGACAUUCUAAGUUUAGUUUACUUACAUUACUUGUUCUUUCAUUACACCGUAUAUUCGUCCAUCAUGAUGGUCAACAAAGUGCUUUUGGCCGCCGUUUUUGUGUUGUUCGGUUCUCUGUUUUACAGCAAGGUCGCCGGUGAUGGCGACAGGGAAAAGGUAGCAAAAUUAUUAGCGACUAGCAUUAAAUGUUUCAACAAAGUCGACUUAGACGUUUGCGCCGAAAUGAUGAAAGGCGAGUACGACUCCACUCAGCAAAAGUACAAGGAUUGCAAUUGUGCUAUGGCGUGUGUAGGAAAAGAUUUGGGCUUUAUAGUCGACGGUAAACCGGUUCCAGAAAAUUAUCAAAAAAUGGUGAGCGAAGUUCAAAACGCGACUAUCAAAGCCGAAUUGACCGACAUCUAUGAAAAGUGCCCGGACCCCAAAGGAGACGACGAGUGUUCUCUUUCAGAAAACUUCAUGACAUGCGCUCUCAAAAGCUCGCCUAAGCUUAAAGACCGUUUGACAGCUGUAAUGAAAGCCAUGUCGGUUGCCAUGCACAAGAGUUAAAGGUUUACAAAAUAAAAUGCAUCUUAUCUGUUCAAUUGUAGCCUAAAACCGAAAUUAAAUUUCGUUGUUAUAUCUUUACACUAGCAUGAAAAAAUACACUUGCAUAAUAAACGUUACCUAAUAUUGUUUAAAUUAAUUAUCUUCGUCCUUCAACUAAUCGCAUACGGAAAGGGUUGCUUGGAUGAAACAAGAACAUCUGUAUUUCGACAAGAGAUAAGCAUAUAAUAUGUUUUAUUAAAAAAAUCUUUGGCAUCAUUUCUAUGUAUAAACCUAAUUUACACUAUCGACAUUUUACGUUUAAAUGUACAUUUC